AUGGAGCCCGAUGUAGUGUGCAAUAACCACAGCAACGGCCAUGACAUCAUUCGGUGGUUUGAAGAUGUAUCGGAGAACGCAGAGUCGGUUCAAACGCAGACGCUGAGGCGAAUAGUUGAGCUGCAUUGGGGGGUGGAGUAUCUCAGGAAAUGGUUGGGGGACGUCGACAUCCAUAAGGUUGAUGCAUGUGUAUUGGAGUCACUAUACACCUCUUUGGUUCCUCUUGUUUCACAUGCGGAUUUAGAGCCUUACAUUUUGAGAAUUGCAAAUGGGUACUCGUCUCCUAUACUUACCCAACAACCUCUGACUACUCUCUCUUUGAGGGUUUAUCCAACAAGCGAAGGAGGAAAGAUCCUAGAAUUCUUAUACAGCAGCAAACAGUUCAAAACAAGGGGAGGACUAACUGCAGGAACGGCUACAACCCACUACUACUAUGCAAGUCAGGAAUUCAAAAUCAAACAGGAAAACACCAAGUCAUUCACUUGCAGCCCAAAAGAAGUCAUUUCAAGUGGAGACAGCUACAGCAUAGUCCAGUCCUUUAUCGCAUCUGAAGGGCUUUGGAGUGACUUAUGCAUUGACCUUAGAGAUGGCACUUUGAGUAAAAGAAUCAACCUACCCAAAGUGAGAAAAGCAGUGUUGGAUAUCGGCUGUGUUUUGGUACAGCUGAGCUUAUUAAAAAAACUGGCUUAUGCUGAUUUCUGA